AUGCCGGCCAUGGCCCUCCCACGGUCUAAUCUGGAGGGUGCUAAUCGCAGCUGGGUCAUCGAUGCCGUUUCAUGGCCGUUCUUUGGGGUUUCUUUGAUUCUCUGUGUCCUGCGCUUGUAUGCUCGAGCACGCAUUAUCCGGUCCCUGGGGUGGGAUGAUGCCUUUCUCGUAUUGGCCAUGAUCUGCGCCGCCAUGAACAGUUCCCUGGCCACCGUCAGCGCCCACUACGGCACCGGUCGACAUAUGGUAGACCUGGCCGACCAUCAGCGCCUCAUGGCGACCAAGUACAACUGGCUGUCUCAGGGAUUCCACGUCAUGUCCACGAACUGGGGAAAGGUGUCGGUCGCAAUGUUUCUUCUGCGCAUCAUCCGCAAGGUAAAACACCACAAACCUGCCAUGGUGGCGGGCAUGUUGCUGCUGACCAUCGUCAAUACUGUCUGCGUAUAUACCAUCUACGGACAGUUCUUGAAUAUGGAGUCUGACAUCUCCAGUGCCAUGAUUGCCGCCAUCAUCAAGAGCAUCAACCUCGCCUCCCUGUCGAAACGCAACGACUACUCCUGGAACACGGUCGAUCUAACCAUAUGGAUAGCCAUCGAGCAGUACCUCAUCAUCAUCGCCGCCUGUAUCCCCGCCAUCACUCCUUUAUUUAACAUCACCGUCGCCCGCCGCUCGACCCAUCGCAACGCCGGCUCCAGUCAGAAGGGAUAUUCGAGCCGGCAAUACAUGCGCAACCACGGUUACGCGCAGUUCGGGAGUCGCAAUAAAGAGGUGUCCUACAUGUUGGACAAUUAUCCAGGCGCGACGAAGCGAGCCACCACCGAGCACGAGACCGGCGAUGGUAGCAGUGAGGAUCGGUUUAUUCCGGGCGAUCCAGGUCCACUCCCUCCUCCCGGUCAAGGAAUUGUCAAGACAACCGAGAUCCAUGUCCAGGGGGUGGACUUGGAUGAAACCGACCGGCCCAGAUGA